GCCUACUUCAAAGUGACGUUUCAUCGUUUUACGACUUUGAUUUUGUUAUAUUCACAUUUUAGAUAACUGCUCCAUCGGCGGAUUAGCGUUGCAUAACGAAGAUUUUUCGGAAAAGUGCGCGUCGGAAAUAGAAAGCCGAAUUCUAUUAAUAGAACGCGUGGAAUGGACGGUGUAAAAAUAGCGGUGUUUCAUUAAACGAUCGUCUUUCCUGAAGGAUUAGUGCUGCUUUUGUGUCUGUGUUUUAAACAGUUUUACCGCGAUUUGUCGCGAAUAAAAUGGAUCGCGAAGUCGAACAUGAACUUUGUGCUAACUGUAAAAAGGAAAUUCCCCAGCCUAACUAUGUGAUGCACACAGUGCAUUGUGCACGCAACAUAACGCUGUGUAAAACCUGUAACGAACCGUUCCCCAAAUCGCAGUACGACGAUCAUGCGAGAUCCUGCAAGAAGCCGAUAUUAAGAAAACCGUCUCCGCCCCCCACUUCUAUCGAAAAGAGUAGUUAUUACCAGCAACGUAAAGUUGUGGAAGAAGAGAAGACCGCCAAAUGGAAAGAGGAGAGGAGACAACGGCACGAAAGAUUGGUGGACACUGGAUACACUUUACGCGCACCCUCGCAAGAUGCAUCGGCGGUUAAAAAGGUGGAAACUGUUAAAAAAGAAGAAACUAAAAAACCUGCAAGUCAAAAUGGGGCGGUGCCAAGAUUGGUGAACCCCCCGCCUAAGAGUAGCGGUCUUUUGGCAUGCAAGUACUGCGACCUGGAACUGCCCAAGCUCGAUCUCGAGGAGCACGAGAAUUACUGCGGCUCCAGAACUGAUAAGUGCUUGGAAUGCGGGGAGUUAGUCAUGUUUAAGUACAAGCAGCUGCACAUGGAUACGAACCACGGAUUUUUAAAGCUCAAAGACGAACCAGGUCCGAGACCGUCGUGGGAUUCGACGACCCAAAGAAGCGCCUCCGCGUCUUCGGCUUUGGACUCGCCGAGAAGACGACCCGUGGAUCAUCUGGCUAAUUUCGAUUACGAUCCUUUGCCCUACAUGCCAAACGCCUUUCAAGCGGGACUUCGACCGCAAGGUAUUAAAAUUGAAAAGGGCGAGAGUUACAAAGAGAUCUCCAGAAGGCUUGACUGUAAGACGGAAUACAUAAGGAACUUGUUGCACGAUUCGGCAAGCAUAACUAUUCCGUUGAGGCACAGCGGAACUGCGCCCAGAAACCAUUUCAAUCACAACAAAGGUCCGGCGCCGCAGCCGCCGCGACGCAGGAACCCCCCGACCGAACUGCAAGUCCCCUGCGAGUACUGCAGCGUACCGUUUCCACAUGAGGACCUGAUCGACCACGAGAACAUCUGCAGACUGAUCAGGGGACGCAGAAGCGACGUGACGAUCCCGUGCGAGUUCUGCGACGUGCCCAUACUCGAGGAGGAUCUGAUCUUGCAUCAGACCGGGUGCAGACCGGAUCUCACCCAAAGGAUGCCAAGAAGACACAACAGGUCACCGAUAGAAAACGACGAUUAUUACGUGCCGCCGCCGCAGCCACAACAGCAACAGCAACAGCAACAGGCUGCUCAAGCUCCGAGUUCUCCGGAAGUCGAACUUCCAUGUGAAUUUUGCGCAGACAUGUUCCCAGCAUCUCAAUUGUUGCGUCACCAAGCAACGUGCUCAUAAAUUUUAAUGUUUAUAUACAUAUAUUUUUGCUUAUACUAACAUUAUUUAGCUAUUUCAAUAAAAAUAUGUUUUGAUUUUAAUUUGUAUUUUGUAUUUGUAGAUUAAUCUAUUAAUAAAAAAAUUUAAUACAUUUUGA